CUGCGACGUGUGAGAAUCAAAUGUAGCUAUUCCCGUCGCACGGAUGUCCAGUGGAAGUUUCGUGGCCUUGAAGGUGUCACGCCCGAAUUGGCAUUCCCUGCAAGAGACUGGUGGGUGUGCUCAACGUUUGUGCGAGAUCAGACGGUCGAGUCUCCACUAUCCAUCUCCUGAGUUGCAGGCAUGAGUUGCCAAGUGACGAAGUUCAGCAACAGUCCCGAGAAACUCGCAGUCAUGAUCUACCCAGCGUUCACUUCAGAAAUUGACAUGGGCAACGAUAACAAGACGGAGUUGAUUGAGAACUGUAAUCCGGAGCUAGUGACACUUGCAGCCGAUGACUUUGAGAUCAUCCGCGUGCUCGGCGUCGGUACCUACGGCGUGGUGAAGCUAGCCAAACACAAACCCACAGGCAUCAGUGUGGCACUCAAGGUGCUGUCCAAGGAGUACGUGGUUACAACACGACAGGAGAAGCACAUCUUGCGAGAACGUGCGGUACACUUACAGCUACAACAUCCGCUAGUAGCGAAGCUGUACGGCACUUUCCAGGACGAUGACUGUCUGUACUUGGUGCUCGAGUAUCUGCCAGGAGGAGAACUAUGGAGUCUCGUGUAUUCUCUUAACGAAGAGCAAGACGAGGACGAAGACGCUGUUAAAGCACCGCAAUUAAAGAUGGAAACGCCUUUAAAGGAGGACAGUGAACUCCGGCCCGCUACGCCGGUCAAUGUACCAAAGUUAAUCUCGUUGGAGUCUAUGGAGCAUAUUCGAUCACGAACACUUGAGGCUGGAGAUCUUACUAUUCUACGCAGCGAGUUUGGAGGAUUAAAGGAAGAGUAUGCAGUGUUUUAUCUCGGAUGCAUCUUGAGUGCACUCGAGUACUUGCACGGCCAGAGUUUGCUGUAUCGUGACCUGAAAUUAGAGAACUUGGUGCUGGAUGAAGAAGGUUAUCUCAAGAUUCUCGACUUUGGCUUCGCUAAGCAGGACGCACAGCGAGCGGAAGAUACAGAUGAUAGUAGUGAACAGACUCAGAACGCACGGAACCUCACUCUAUGCGGAAGUAUGGACUACAUGGCGCCAGAGGUGCUUCUGCGUCAGGCUCAUGACCAACGUGUGGAUAUUUGGUCGUUCGGUAUCAUAAUGUACGAACUACUACUGGGGAAGACGCCAUUCUACCAUGAAAAUCCACGCGAACUCGGUCGUAGAAUCACCCACGAUAAUGUGGAGUUCCCGAACGAGUUUGAAGAGGAAUGCCCAUUAGCCUGCGACCUCAUCAACCAGCUCCUAGUUAAAAACCCAGAUGAACGAUUGUCUUCUAUGGACAAGAUCAAGCAGCACAGAUUUUUCUCUCGGAUGUUCACAUGUCCUGAGGACUGGCAGCGUUUGCUCCGCCGAGAAUUCGAGACGCCAUUCGUUCCCAAGCUCAAUGGACCCUUCGAUACGUCCUUCUUCCAGACUAUCGACGAUGAGUAUCAGGAGGAGCUGGAAGCUGGUGUGGAGCCAUAUUUCGAGGACGGCUCCAACAUAUUCAGUGAUUUCUAAGUCUCCUGGUAUUUCUCUGUCUUCAUGUAUUAAUACGGCACCAAACAACUAAUUUAUUUACACACAUCCCGCUAGCGAUAGAUUAAAUCAUUAUGCAGAAUAGAGCAAUAAGAAAUAAUACAAGCAUCACAUCCAAAAUC